AUUGCCACUAAUCUAUAAAUUAACAGUCAAGGUUACACUGUAGUGUACAAUUUCAGUUCGAGUGUAUCAAGAAUCAUAUUGCGUGUAAACGUUCAGAUAAAAAUGACCUCGAUUAAAGUACGUUAUUUUGAUAUACCGGCAAGAGGCGAGCCAAUUCGUCUUCUUUUAGUUUAUGGCGGAGAAGAUUUUGAAAAUGAUAAAGUUGACGUUCGAAAAUGGCCCGAAAUAAAACAAACCUUGACCUUCGGACAAGUUCCUGUUUAUGAAGAGAACGGCCAUAUUAUUAACCAAACUACAGCUAUUAUACGUUAUUUGGGACGAAAAUACAAAUUGGGAGGAAAUACUGAGUGGGAAAGCUUGGAAAUUGACUCAGUCGCUGAUAAUUAUAUUGAUUUUCAACAAAAAAUCCUGCAAUGGCAUUAUAUAAAAAGCGCCAAUAAAAAGAAAGAAUGCAGAGAGGUUUUGGUAAACGAAACGAUUCCAUUUUAUCUGGAAAGAAUGGAAAAAAUAGCAAAGGAAAAUGGAGGUCAUCUAGCACUUAAAAGAUUGACUUGGGCUGACUUUUUCUUUGCGGGCAUGAUAGAUUAUUUCUCAUGGAUGGCAGACUUGGAUUUAUUAAAAAAUUAUCCUAGUUUAAAAGCAGUUAAAGAAAACGUUUUAAAUUUACCAAUGAUCAAAAAAUGGUAUGAAAAUAAUCCUGUUAAUAUGGAAGUAUCAAAGUUUAUUUUGGAGUUUACAGGAAAAUGUACUGAGGAUUAAAAUGAAACUGAAUAAAUAAUGUAUUUCUAUUCUAUUUGAA